GUAAACGAAUUACUUCCGCGCCACGGACAUUUCCUUGCUGCAGUCGCCGUCGCGAUAAGACAGCCUCCACCGAUCAAUUUGCCCCUUUGUUCUGCCAGUAAAUUAUCUCGAGCCAGAAGCAACGCGAUCGAAUCGUUGUGUUGAUCGAUGAUAAGCUGUGAUCAGAUCGACUAUUCGCGUACCCGCUCAGAGAGGAGUAGGGUGAGAUUGCGCGUUACCCGGAAGUGGCUGGGAUAUUGGUGUCGGUGAUACGCGUCCGUAGCCGAUGGAGAAAUAAGAAGAAACGCGGGAAACAGAAAGCGAAACGGGCGCAGCGAAGGUUUAGGCGGUGAGACAGUAUCGGCAGUCCCGUGGAAGAAAAGCGGCGAUAGCAGAGCGAGCAAGCGAGAAAGAAGUUUCGGCGAAAGGGGGGUGGGGGUUGUGAAAUGCAAGCAAGGAUGCAGAGGUGGUGUGGCAGGCGAAUCAGGACCAGUUUCAGGUCUGCACUCACGUCAUACUCACGUUGCUACGUGCUGUCGACGGAUCGGAAGAGAAGGAAGUAGAAGAAGAAGAAGAAGAAGAAGAAGAGGAGGAGAAACGGAGGAGUAGCGUGUUUUGGGCCAUUGUGCUUUAAUUAAGGGUUCAGAGGCGGAGGAAGAAGAGAGAAAAUAAAAAAUUAAAAAAGGACCAUGUUUCUUCGAGUGUUUUUCGUUUUGUUGGUCAGUGUGGUGACCUUGAGCAGAGCACAGUUUCGGUGUCCCGAGCCGAAGGGUUUCUUCUCGGAUCUGGAACAGUGCGAUCUUUAUUACGUUUGCAUAGACGGCAAGGCGGAGGAGAAGCUGUGCAAAGACGGUCUCGUCUUCAGAGACGACAACCCUAAGAAGGAACUCUGUGAUAUUCCAGCUAACGUGCCUUGCGGAGACAGGACUCUCCUUCAGGAACCACAGCCGACCAAAGGAUGUCCACGAGCUAAUGGUUACUUCAAACACGAGGAUCCAACCGCUUGCGAUCGUUUCGUAAAUUGCAUCGAUGGCGUGGCACAAAUAAUGCCCUGUCCGCCUGGUUUGAUCUACGAAGACAAAAUGUCCAGCUGUGUCUGGCCAGCAGAUGCCAGUAGAUUGUGCGAGAACGUGAAGAGAGACGUUCUCGACGAUGGAUUCGUUUGUCCCGAUGGCGAUGUGCCUGGACCACUCGGCAGGAUUCUACCCCAUCCUACCUAUCCUCAUCCGGAGGAUUGUGCCAAGUUCUACAUUUGCAAAAAUGGCGUGGUGCCACAGAAAGGACAAUGCGAGCCUGGUACCGUUUACAGCGAGGACAGCUUCAAGUGUAUGGAUCCGGAGAGCGUGCCUGGAUGCGAAGACUACUACAAAAACAAGAACUGAAUAAAGACAAGGUGCCAGUUACUCAGCGAUCACGUCUGUAACGCUUAAUUUUUUACACUUAGGAACAAUAAACCCGUGAUACACUUACGUAAA